AACCCCUCUUUUUGACCCAACCCCUUUUGUUCUCUACAAUGGACAUCACUGCAAAAGCUAUGGCGCAGCUACAUUUUGGUUCAUCCUAUUUCCUCUCAGGUAACCAAUAUUGGUAGAUAGUUAUAUUUGGUUUUCUACGAAGUUAUUUUCCGGAUUUAAAGCUAUGGCAACAUGUGUAUCAACGUUUUUAGUACUGUUAGAAGCUCGAGAUUCAAUGAGGGGGGUAAAUGUGUUUGGAAGAAGGGUAUCAACCUUGAAGGUGAACAAUGGGAGACAUAACAAUGUUGUGUUGUAUACACCGAAGAUAACAUGUUCUGCGGUUAAUAAUUACAAUAACAAAGAUUCAUUUCUCAAUUUAAGGCCUGAGGUUUAUUUGCUUAGAGGUGAAGGAAACAAAACAGUAAUUAGUCCAGGACAUGAUGAUAAGAUUACGGAAAGUUUGAAAGAUUCAACAAGGCCUGUUAAUUACAAUGAGGCUAAGAUUAAGGUGAUUGGUGUUGGAGGAGGUGGGUCAAAUGCGGUCAACCGGAUGAUUGAGAAUGCAAUGAAGGGUGUGGACUUUUGGAUUGUUAAUACGGAUGUUCAAGCUAUGAGAAUGUCGCCUGUUUUCCCUAAUCAACGGUUGCAAAUCGGUCAAGAGUUGACCCGUGGACUCGGUGCUGGUGGUAACCCUGAUGUCGGUAUGAAUGCUGCUCAAGAAAGUAGACAAUCCAUUGAAGAAGCUCUUGAGGGUUCGGAUAUGGUUUUUGUCACUGCGGGAAUGGGUGGAGGAACAGGUACAGGUGCGGCUCCAGUCAUUGCAGGGGUUGCAAAGUCAAUGGGAAUAUUGACUGUUGGUAUUGUGACAACUCCUUUCUCUUUUGAGGGUCGGCGAAGAGCAGUUCAAGCUCAAGAAGGAAUUGCAUCUUUGAGAGAAAAUGUUGACACUUUAAUUGUUAUUCCAAAUGACAAAUUAUUAACUGCAAUUUCCCCGUCUACACCUGUAACAGAAGCCUUUAAUCUAGCCGAUGAUAUUCUUCGACAAGGGGUUCGUGGCAUCUCUGAUAUAAUUACGAUACCAGGUCUGGUUAAUGUGGAUUUUGCUGACAUUCGAGCCAUUAUGGCAAAUGCAGGCUCAUCAUUAAUGGGGAUAGGAACUGCAACGGGAAAGACUAGAGCAAGAGAUGCUGCAUUUAAUGCUAUUCAAUCACCUUUGCUAGACAUUGGUAUAGAAAGGGCUACUGGAAUUGUUUGGAAUAUAACGGGUGGGGCCGAUCUAACAUUGCUUGAGGUAAAUACUGCAGCCGAAGUCAUAUAUGAUCUUGUGGACCCCACUGCAAACUUAAUCUUUGGAGCCGUCAUUGAUCCAUCUAUGAGUGGUCAAGUCAGUAUCACUCUAAUAGCAACUGGAUUCAAGCGACAAGAAAUUGAUGACCCACCUCCUCAGGCAAAUGUAGCUGGAAUGAACAGACGGGCAACAACUUUCACAGAAGGAAGCUCAGUAGAAAUUCCAGAGUUCUUGAGGAAGAAAGGGCGUUCACGCUACCCACGGGUAUAGUAUAUAACGGCAAUAUGCUUUUAGUUUAAAAAUUAAUCAAAGAAAUUGUACGACAUGCUUUUUACCCAAUGAUGGAUGAUAUUUGUUAAGUACUAUUUGGCAAAGUAGGGAAAGGGAUUAAAGCUGUACAGGAUGCUUGUUUUGUUUACAUAUUGAUUAUAUCUUGAUCGACUCAAGUGGCACUAUGUUUUGAUCAAA